AGAUUAAAAAAAAAUUGUUAUUUUGUGUUUUGCUAAAUAAAAAUAGAAAAUUAUUAUUGUGAAGCAUUUUUAAAACAUUAAACUCUUGCAUAAGAAAACAUAAAAAGUUCAUUAUACAUCGAUCUAAUUCAGUUGUUUCUAUCCCAAGCCGACUGUGGUCGAUGAAAAAAAAUUUUUUUCUUUGUCUACGUGAAAAAAAAAUUCUUUAUAAAGAGGUCGAACUGAAAAUUUUGUUUGAUACAAAAAAAAAAAAAAACAACAAUUUUGAGUAAGAAUUAAAUUUAACUAUUUGUUCGAGUUAUAAAAAAAAAACAAAAACCGGCAAUAAUAAUGUCCGAUAAAAUAAUGAUCCGCGUCCAAUCGCCGGAUGGAAUCAAAAGAAUUGAAAUUCCAACAAAAUCAACUAUUAAAGAUCUUUACGAGUCUAUACAAAAAUCAAUGGUCAUUGAAGAUGGCUUUGGACUAUUCAAAGAACGUAAUUUUACAAACGAAUUAGGUCCAACUCGUUCACAAACUAUCAAAUCGUUUAAUCUAAAACAUGGCGAUAUGAUUUAUCUUAAACAAAUGGCUGGCACAUCAAAACAAGCCACUGCUAGUGUACCCCAAUUUCCACCUCACAAUAGCAACUCCACUGUGACCCAUUCUAAUUCUGCAUCCAAUGGAAUAGUCGAAGAUGAUGUUGAUGCAAUUCUGGCCAAAUCCGAUGGCCGAAUUCAACGCGGUCGCGAUACCAAAUUGUGUCGUCACAAUAUGAAUGGUUGCUGUGUGCACUGUUCUCCUAUUGAACCCUACGACGAUGCAUACCUCAAGGAACAAAAAAUCAAACAUUUAUCUUUCCAUUCGUAUAUUAGAAAACAAACGUCUGGCAUUGAUCGUGGCAAAUAUAUUGCUAUUGACGAUAUUAGUUGUAAGAUAAAGCCUGGAUGUCGGGAACAUCCUCCUUGGCCUAAAGGAAUCUGUUCCAAAUGUCAGCCAUCGGCUAUAACAUUGAAUCGACAGAUUUAUCGUCAUGUUGAUAAUGUCAUGUUUGAAAAUACGACAAUUGUUGAGCGUUUUCUAAACUAUUGGCGCUCCACAGGUCAUCAGAGAAUGGGUUUCCUCUAUGGAACAUAUGAAGCUAUUACUGAUGUCCCUCUGGGAAUUAGAGCUAAGGUUGCUGCUAUCUAUGAACCACCUCAAGAAUCGACUAGAGAUUCAAUUAAAUUACUAGAAAACGAAGGUAGCGAAGAUGUGGAUGCUGUUGCCAAGGCAUUGGGAUUGAAAAAGAUUGGCUGGAUUUUUACUGAUCUCAUCCCAGAAGAUCCGGCAGCUGGGACUGUCAAACAUAUUCGGGGUAUUGAAACGCACUUUCUAACAGCACAAGAAUGCAUAAUGGCUGGUCAAUUUCAAAAUAGUCAUCCAAAUCCAUGUAAACAUUCUUCGAAUGGAGUUUUUGGAUCGAAAUUUGCAACUGUCUGUGUGACAGGUGAUAAAACAAAGCAAGUUCAUAUGGAAGGAUAUGCUGUUUCAGCUCAAUGCAUGGCUUUGGUUCGAGAUGAUUGUUUAGUACCAACAAAAGAUGCACCCGAAUUGGGUUAUAUUCGUGAAUCGACAGAUAAGCAGUAUGUUCCUGAUGUGUAUUACAAGGAAAAAGAUCAAUACGGGAAUGAUGUUCAACGUUUGGCUCGUCCAUUGCCAGUUGAAUAUUUGUUGGUUGAUGUGCCGGCUUCGACACCACUUCAACCACAAUAUACUUUCACUCAAUGUGAUAAGAAGCGACCGUUUCCAGUUGAGAAUCGUUAUCUAGACGGUCAUUUGCAAAAUUUCUAUGCACUUAGUUCGUACUUGUCGCUAUGGAGAGAGGAUGAAUUUUUAGAAGCGAUAUCUGAUUUUCAUUUGUUGAUUUAUUUAUAUAGAAUGGAUAUGUUGCCGAUGAAGGCACAUAUGCAGAGUCUUUUGGAGGCGGUUAGAACUAAAAAUACAGAUAUGGCCAACGAAUUUAAGAAAAAUGAUGUUUGGAAGGAAUUAGAGUCGUUAUUUGCAGCUAGUUCAGAUGGAUCUGGUGGAACGGCAAGUUAUCCAUCGGCAUCGUCUGAGGCGCAAGGUGCUGAAACGUCUACUUGGACGUGUAAUCAUUGUACGUUUAUUAAUCGUGGAGAUCUUAGUUCGUGUGAAAUUUGUGGCUUACCAAGAUAGAUGUUUUUUUUUUCAAACCGGAAUUAAAAAGAAAAUAAUGAUGAUGACAUAAUUAUAGAUUUAACCAAUCCAAUGUUUUUUUGUUUAUUUUGAAUUUUAUAUUAAAAAAAAAGCGAUCUGAUUUAUGUAAUUUAAAAAAAAAGAA